AUGCCGUCGUGCACCACCCCAACCUUCGGUGUGUCGGCACAGCAUGAGAACCCAAGCGUCGAUUCACCAUCUCGUUCGUCGAUCCUCACCCCAACAUCACUCGACGAUGAGACCAGUCCACGGAAGAGUUUCCAGAUUCUCGAGUCCAGUGUGAGCGCGGAUCGUUGGCCAGCGCCACGGCGAGAUGGCUGGAGCUCAGUGCGAGCACCACCACCAGCUCGUCUCUCCCUCCAUCCUCAGAGAAACUUGAUGUCGCCGAUUUCAAGUGCUUACAGCCAGACGCCGAAUUCGCUUCUCUCCCCGACCAUGUUCCAUCCAAAAUCGCGGAGCAUCUUUUCGCCAACGCUUCCGGCGACUCCCCUGAGUUAUGGGAAGUCUUCAAUGGACAAGAGCCUCUUCUCGCCAACGAUCACCGAACCAGUUGAGGUUGAAGCCACCGUCGAGUAUCUCGCCGAUCUUGUCAAAGAGAAGAAACAUCUUACACUCUUCCCACACAUGUUCAACAACGUCGAACGUCUUCUGGAUGAUGAGAUAGGACGAGUUCGUGUCGCUUUGUUUCAAACUGAGUUCCCACGUGUCGAUCUUCCUGAGCCAGCUGGGGACAUGGUCUCCAUAACGGAAAAGAUUUACGUUCCAAAGAACGAGUUCCCAGAUUACAACUUCGUCGGCAGAAUACUUGGACCACGUGGAAUGACUGCUAAGCAACUCGAACAAGACACCGGAUGCAAGAUCAUGGUCCGCGGAAAGGGGUCGAUGAGAGAUAAGGCCAAGGAAAGUGCCCAUCGUGGGAAAGCCAAUUGGGAGCAUCUCGAAGACGAUCUGCACGUGUUGGUGCAAUGCGAGGACACCGAGAAUCGUGUGCACCUCAAGCUGCAAGCCGCACUUGAGCAAGUCAAGAAGUUGCUAGUUCCAGCUCCAGAAGGAACUGACGAGUUGAAGAGAAAGCAGCUCAUGGAGCUCGCCAUCAUCAAUGGAACCUAUCGUCCAAUGAAAUCUCCAAAUCCAGCUCGCAUGAUGACUGCUGUCCCACUUCUCUCGGCUACUCCACUGCGCAGCCCAGGCCCAGUUCCAAUGUCACCAACCCCAGGAGUCCCAAUUAGCAGCUUCUCAGGAUCCAUUUUGAGCCCGACAAUCGCUGGAUCAAGUGGAAUUCUCGGAAACAACAUCUUCGACUACUCCCUGUUGACACCGAGCAUGUUCGACUCGUUUAGCUCCCUCCAACUGGCUAGUGACCUGACGUUCCCGAACUAUCCAACAACCACUUCGUUUGUCAAUUCGUUCCCGGGACUCUUCACCUCUUCUUCAUCGAACGUGACACCAUCAGUCAACAGUACAAGCACCACUCAAGCUCAAUCAGGAGGAGACAGUCCAUCGGCUUCUUCGGUCAACAACACCUCUUUCUAG